AUGGCGCCGUACUUUAUCCGCAACUUGAUUCCUCGCCGUGAGCGGCAAGGAGAGCAGUCGCUCAUGAAAGCCCUCUCGAGACUGACCUGGAUUCAAUGGGCAUUGUUCUGGUCGGGAUGGCUAGCGUGGUUCACCGAUUCUCUCGACUUCUUCUCCGUAUCAUUAUCUGUGACAAACCUCCAAAAGCAAUUCGACAAGGCCAACGCUUCAGACAUUACCACUGCUAUCACCUUGACCUUGCUAUUCCGCCCCGCUGGUGCUGCCAUCUUCGGCAUCAUCUCCGACCGCUUCGGCCGCAAAUGGCCGCUCGUCUUCAACCUCAUCCUCGUCGCCAUCUUCGAGCUCGGAACCGGCUUCGUCCAAACUUUCUCGCAGUUCCUCGCUGUGCGCUCGCUCUUCGGAAUUGGUAUGGGCGGCGUAUGGGGCUUGGCGGCGUCUACUGCGCUCGAGAGCUUACCCGUUGAAGUCCGCGGUAUCGCAUCCGGCGUUCUGCAGCAGGGAUACGGGACCGGUUAUUUGGUUGCGGCCGUCAUCAACCUAUUCCUCGUCCCGAAUGUCAGUGUUGGGUGGAGAGCACUCUUUUGGACGUCUGCCGGACUAUCGGUCUUUGCCGCAGGCGUCAGGGCGCUUCUCCCCGAAUCAGACAUCUUUAUACGUGCCAAAGCCGUCCAGCGCGCGUCCGGUACCACGACGGCGCAGAAGACGAAGAUAUUCAUACAUGAGACCUGGGUGAUGCUCAAGUCACAUUGGGCAGUCAGCAUAUAUGCUGUUCUGCUCAUGACGGGGUUCACGUUCUUUUCACACGGUUCUUUGGAUCUCUACCCGACCUUCUUACAGCAGAGCAAGGGGUUCAGUCCGCGGAACGCCAACAUCGCGACUAUCAUCGCCAACUGUGGUGCCGUUUCAGGGAGCACGUUCGCCGGCUACAUCUCCCAGUACAUCGGUCGCCGUCUCACCAUAAUCCUACUCGUCCUCUGGACCGGUGCUUUCAUCCCACUCUGGAUCCUCCCGAGCUCAUUCUCUACUCUGGCGGCGGGCGCCUUCCUCAUCCAAUUCGGCGCACAGGGUGCAUGGGGCGUCAUUCCCAUUCAGCUUGCUGAAGUCUCGCCGCCCGCGUUCCGCGCGACAUUCCCGGGCGUGGCGUAUCAGCUCGGUAAUAUGAUCUCCUCUGCUGCAUCGCAGAUCGAAGCGAAAGGUGGCGAGAAUCUGCGUACGACGGUCACCAUCGACGGCAUAACGAAGGAAGUGCCGGACUACGCCACAGUCCAAGGGAUCCUUAUCGGCGUCGUCGCGGCGUUCAUCCUCGCUGUCACCAUACUCGGGCCCGAGGCGCAUAGCGCGCAGUUUGAGAAGCACAAGACAGCAUUCGAGGAAGGUGGCGGGCGGGAUGAUGCGUUGAUUGAAGACGGCGAGGAAUCGCAGGUCGGGCGGGCCAAGAUGGGGUCUUCCCAGAGGGAAGAGUCGUUCGAUGAGAAGGAGAAGGGUAGCAUUGUUCAGAGAGAGAUGGCUUGA